GCGACCUUCCCCCGACUCUUCGCCCUCCCGCCUCCCGAGCGAGCGAUGAGCCUUCCCGCCUCUUCGAGCGGGCAGUUGCGAGUCGCCGCGCCGCCGGGGCGCGUCGUGGACCGCAGCCCCCGGUCGCCGAAAGAGCUCGGCGGCCCACGGCACGGGGCCGACAGCAGCCGGGCGCGCCGGCCAGCGCAGGCCGGCGGCCCAGGGGCCUGCCCCCCCGCGGCGCCUGGCCUCGCGAGGGGCGAGAUCUGCGCGCGAGGCCGCCGCCCUGACGCUGGCUGCACGCCGCAGCACGAGACUUUCGCCGACGCGCCCCGCAGGUGGCUCGCAGCGGAGGUCAAAGAGCCGCCCCCCAUAGCGGCGGCGGUCGCGUUGAACCUGCUCCAGGACUACCUCGACGCGUCGUUGGAGGAGGGGGGCGAG